UGGAAAGUCCACUUUCGCCUAUGAUAGGUUGGAAUUAAACUGUGAAUACUGUAUUUACUGCCGGCUUAGUUGUUGAUGGUUUGAAACAGCAAGGACAGCGCAGGUGUCCAACACCUUUUCUACAGUCUUUCAUUUUGCCUCAUCAGUUUGGGAAUGUUACCAUGUGGGAGCUGGUUGCAUUUAGGACAAGAGUUUUUAUUUCAGUAUGUAUAUGUAAUCGGUUACCAUUUACACGGACAGGAUUAAUACCCCAAGGAUGUUUUGCGCAAAAUUAAAGGAACUUAAAAUUUCUGGAGAGUGCCCGUUUUCUAUGGUCCUUCAAAAUGAAGAGCCACGGAAUUUUGAGAAUUGCUCAAGCGGUCGUUCAACAAACGAAUUGCCCAUUUCCAAAGAUGUGCAUGGGCAUAUACCACUCAUGCGUCCUCAACGGAAAACAAGCAAGAGUAAAGUUAAUCUGCAUACACUCGGAGAAAGCAUUCGAAAAUUAGUUUGUCCUGAGUUACAGAGAUUACAAAAUGCUUUCAUGAGUGUGGUGCAGCAGCACAAAUCAGAUGAUCCCUGGAGACUGGAAAAGCCAGAGCACCUAGAGGAUAUUAUGAAGAACUUAUGUGUCAAAACAGGUAUUCAUAUGGAUAUGUUGAAAAUAUCCCUGGGCAUUGAGGUGUUCAGAACCUGCUAUGAGGAGGAUGGUCAUAUUUUAGGAGUAGUGGGGGGAGCCCUGCAUGACUUCUUGAACAGCUUCAAUGUGCUUUUAAAGCAAAGCUCCCCACCCACCCCAGAGGCUAGGAGACAUAUCAGCGAAGCGUCCGUUCUCUGCCUGGACAAAGACCCCGGACUGCUUACCGUCUACUACUUCAACCCCCAUCCCACCACAGAGCUCUUCUUCCCAGGCAUCAUCCAGGCGGCGGCCAGGGUGCUCUACCGCCUGGACGUGGAGGUGCGGAUGGACCCCGGGGCCAAGGAGAGCGCCCUGGAGGCCAGCCACCAGCCCCACCUGCUCUACUCGGUGCUGAUGCGCGACGCCAAGAGCCUGACCCCCAGUCCUAUGCGGACGCUGUCCAGCGGAGACAUCCCGCUCUCGCUGCUCUACUCCACCUUCCCCUUCCACGUGAUGCUGGACCAGGACAUGGGUCUGGUCCAGAUCGGCGUCGGGCUCCGGCGACGGCUGCCCCGCCGGGACGCCCCGAGAAGGCCGAGGUUCGAGGAGCACUUUGUCAUCGUCAGCCCCGAGAUCUGCUGCACGUUCCAGGGGAUCCUCACCAUGCUCAACACCCAGUUUGUCCUGCGGAUGAGACCAGGUGUGUGGACCGUGGAGAGCUCUGCCAAGCUGAUGGAUCUGAAGGGCCAGAUGAUUUUCAUGUCCGAGAUGAACGCUAUCCUCUUUCUGGGCUCUCCGUGCGUGGACAAGCUGGACGAGUUGAUGGGCCGCGGCCUCUACCUGGCGGACAUCCCCAUCCACAACGCCCUGCGCGACGUGGUGCUGGUCGGCGAGCAGGCCAAGGCCCAGGACGGCCUGAAGAAGCGCCUGGGCAAGGCCAAGGGGGCUCUGGAGCUGGCGCACCAGGCCCUGGAGGAGGAGAAGCGGCGCACCGUGGAGCUGCUCUUCACCAUCUUCCCCGGGAACGUGGCCCAGCGGCUAUGGCAGGGGCUCCCCGUGCAGGCCAAGAAGUUCGACAACGUCACAAUGCUGUUCUCUGACAUCGUGGGCUUCACCGCCAUCUGUUCACGCUGCACGCCCAUGCAGGUGGUCACCAUGUUAGGGGAGCUCUACACACGCUUUGACCACCACGUUGGUGAGCUGGAUGUAUAUAAGGUGGAGACCAUUGGAGAUGCUUACUGCGUGGCUGGUGGUUUGCACAAGGAGAGUGAGAACCACGCUGUGCAGAUUGCUCUUAUGGCUCUGAAGAUGAUGGAACUUUCGGAUGAAGUCACAACCCCCACCGGAGAGGUCAUCAGGAUGCGGAUUGGCAUCCACUCAGGAUCUGUCCUGGCUGGUGUGGUUGGUGUGCAAAUGCCUCGGUACUGCCUGUUUGGUAACAACGUGACACUUGCAAACAAAUUUGAGUCCUGUAGUCAGCCACGGAAGAUAAACGUCAGUCCAACCACAUACAGGUUGUUAAAAGAUCGGCCAGAGUUCACCUUCAUACCGCGGAGCAGAGAGGAGCUUCCGCCUAACUUCCCCUCUGAGAUCCCUGGUGUUUGUUACUUCCUUGAGGCUUUCGAUCAAAGGAGCAGCAGUGACUCAAACACAGAUGGGCCGCUGGCUGGCCAUUCAAACACUCCAGUGGAACAUACAUAUACAUAAAUAUCAUUGGGACAAUGUACACAGAGCACGCCAUGCUGAUGCCAGAAGUUGUGUAUUCACCAUUCACAUGCCAUUGACACAUAUAUAGCAGCCAUUCCAGCAAUAGGACUAAGAUUGUCAAAAUCACUUGCUCUUUUUUCACAGUGCACUGUUUGAUUUACCUUGUAACUAAAUAUGUAGUAAUAAUACUUAGAUUGUAGACACUUCUUUUUAUAGCACACAGUGGAUUAAUAUGAAGCUUUAGGAGUUACAGCUAUAAUGCAUCUUAGUUAGACCAUAAUGGAUGUGCAAACAUUCCAAAAUGAAAGCAUUCAUUACUUUGGCCUUUUGUAUUUUAACUGAGCUAUAAUAAAGAUAUAUGACUA